UAACAACUAUUAGAUUUAUAUUUCAGAAGGCGAGCGAAGUGAGUCGCACUUUGUGUAGAAAUAAUUGCCAACAAAUUUAGCUUAGUAUUUGACGUAUUUUAGACAAAAAUGGCUUCCUUUUUGGCACGUGCAGGCGGCUGCCUCAUCGAAACUGUGAAACCCGCGACUGUUGCAAAGAUCCUGAAUUACUCGCCAAUUGGACUGCAGCAAAUAAGAAAUCUUAAUGUGCAGGAACACGUCUCAUACACCCUGCUCAACGAAAGCAACAUCCCAACGCCUCGAUUUGCCGUUGCCAAGAAUGGCAAGGAGGCUCAUGAUAUUGCCCAAAACCUGAAAACAGAUAAUCUGGUGCUGAAGGCGCAAGUUCUUGCUGGCGGUCGCGGCAAGGGAACAUUCAAGAACGGCCUGAAGGGCGGUGUGCGCGUCGUUUUCGAUGCCGACAGCGCUGAGCAAUAUUCAUCCAAGAUGAUUGAUCAGCUGCUGGUGACCAAGCAAACUGGCGCCGCUGGUCGCAUCUGUAAGAAGGUGAUGGUUGCCGAGCGCAAAUUCCCACGUCGUGAGUUCUACUUUGCCGUCAUGAUGGAGCGCGCCUUCAACGGUCCGGUUUUGAUUGCAUCCAAGGAGGGCGGCGUUGACAUUGAGGAAGUUGCCAAGGAAAAUCCCGAUGCCAUUCUUUAUGAGCCCAUCGACAUUGUCGAGGGUCUUACCAAGGAGCAGGCCUGCAGAAUGAUUGAAAAGGUCGGACUGGGUGGAGCCGGUGCUGAUGAGCAUAUCGAAAUGCUGAUGAAUCUGUACAAACUGUUUGUGAAGAAAGAUGCGCUCUUGGUUGAAAUCAAUCCCUAUGCCGAAGAUGCCAUGACCGGCUUCUUUGCCCUUGAUGCCAAAUUGCGUUUCGAUGACAAUGCCGAGUUCCGGCAGAAGGAACUGUUUUGCAUGCGCGACUGGACUCAGGAAGAUCCCAAGGAGGUCGAGGCGGCCAAAUACAAUUUGAAUUACAUUGCCCUGGAUGGUACCAUUGGUUGCAUGGUUAACGGUGCUGGUCUGGCCAUGGCCACCAUGGAUAUUAUCAAGUUGUACGGCGGUGAGCCAGCCAAUUUCCUUGACGUCGGCGGUGGCGCCACGGCAGAAGCCGUCAAAGCUGCAUUCAAGAUUAUUACAUCGGACAAGAAAGUCAUGUGCUUGUUGGUCAACAUUUUCGGUGGCAUUAUGCGCUGCGAUGUCAUUGCCGAGGGCAUCAUUGCUGCCGCAAAGGACUUGAACCUGAAUUUGCCAAUCGUUGUGCGUUUGCAGGGCACCAAGGUGAAGGAGGCUCGCGAGCUGAUACGUUCAUCGGGCUUGAAGAUCUUGGCGCGCGAUGAUUUGGACAAGGCUGCUGAUAUGGCCGUGCAUUUGGCACAGAUUGUUUCGCUGGCGCGCGAAAUGAACAUGGAUGUUAACUUUGAGAUUCCCGAUGCACAGAAGUAGAUCGAAACCAAUUAACGGCUAAGUCAACCAUAAAGCCCACGUGCAACACUAGCGACACUCACACAAAUAACUAGAAGAACACACACACACUCACACAACUACUCAACAAAUUAGAUACAAUCCACAUAAACUACUAUUCAUCGCUUAGUAGUUAGAUAUAUAUUCGCUUUCGAUUGAUCGAAUUAAAGGAAUGCAGCAAUUCUGCAAAAAAAAAAGAGAAGAAAAUAUAAUAAUCUGAUGACUUAUAAGAUGAGGUUCAACUCAAAACUCGUCAUUGUUGUGUAUUUUGAACAAACCACACGCCGUACUAUUAAAUAAUUUCGAAUAAUCCCGCUGAAAGUUGUUUGCACCUGUAAAGCAUUGUAUAUGUAAAAACCAAAAUAUAUUGUUAUUUGCACGAACUCUAAUAUAAUAGGAAACUUACAGCUGAAAGUGAAAACUAAA